AUGCCGACAAUCUAUUCUUCGACCUCAGAGCCAUCGCUCGACAAUAUGGAUCUCGGCGACAACAACCAUCUCAUCGUCGUAUCGAACCGUCUGCCCAUCACUAUCACUAAAGAUGCGAAAGGCGAAUACCACUUCAAGAUGUCCUCGGGCGGUCUCGUCUCCGCCUUGUCGGGAUUCAAGAAAUCACUGAACUUCACCUGGAUCGGCUGGCCGGGCUUCUUCAUCCCACUGAAAGACAGACCGCUCGUCGAUAAGCGACUCAUGGAAGAGUACUCGUGCCAGGCCGUCUACCUCGAUGAUGACGUAGCGGAUCGCCAUUACAACGGUUUCUCCAACUCAAUCCUGUGGCCAUUGUUCCACUACCACCCAGGCGAGAUGAACUUUGAUGAGGAGAAUUGGAGGGCAUACCGCCAGGCAAACCUCAAGUUUGCGCAAGCUGUUGUAAAGCAACUGACGCCCAACGCCAUGGUUUGGGUCCAGGACUAUCAUUUGAUGCUUCUCCCAAUGAUGCUACGCAGCCUGAUCAAAGGCGAGCAAGGAGAACUAAUGCUUGGAGAACUGGCACGUAUCACGGAAGAUGUCGAAGAUGACAGUGAAGCGCCCGCGUUCCAACCUGUACAGGUACCAGGCGUCAAGAUUGGGUUCUUCCUGCACACCCCUUUCCCCAGCAGCGAAAUUUAUAGAAUUCUGCCUGUUCGCCGCGAGAUUCUUCUUGGCGUGCUGUACUGUGAUCUUAUCGGCUUCCACACUUAUGACUACGCGCGCCACUUCUUAUCAUCGUGUACCCGUAUUUUGGGUCUCCCAACUAUGCCAAAUGGUGUGGAAUUCGAAGGGCGGCUUGCGCACGUUGGCACAUUCCCGAUCGGCAUUGAACCCGGCUCAUUCAUCGAAAAUCUACAGAAGGACUCCGUGAAGGCAAGAAUUGCCCAGCUUGAGCAGCGCUUCGGAGGUGUCAAAGUUAUUGUUGGAGUUGACCGCCUCGAUUACAUCAAAGGUGUCCCGCAGAAACUCCAUGCCCUAGAACUAUUCCUCACUCAGCACCCUGAGUGGAUUGGGAAGGUUGUUCUGGUGCAACUUGCUGUACCUUCUAGACAGGACGUGGAAGAGUACCAGAACCUUCGCUCCACGGUGAACGAAUUAGUGGGGCGUAUCAACGGACGAUUCGGCACGGUGGAGUUCAUGCCAAUCCACUUCAUGCACAAAAGUCUACCGUUCGACGAGCUCUGUGCCUUGUAUGCCGUCAGUGAUGUCUGCUUGGUCUCCAGUACCCGAGAUGGCAUGAAUCUCGUGUCAUAUGAAUACAUUGCAUGUCAACAAGCUCGCCAAGGAGUCAUGAUCCUGUCUGAAUUCGCGGGUGCAGCACAGAGUCUCAACGGAUCUCUCGUGGUCAACCCCUGGGACUCACAGCAAGUCGCCGACGCGAUCCACGAGGCAGUGGAAAUGGACGCCGCCACGCGCGCCGAGAACCACCGCAAGUUGUUCAAGUACGUGAACAAGUACAGCGCGGCGUUCUGGGGCAGCAGCUUCAUCAAGGAGAUGGGCAAAAUAAAGGUUGGGGACCUGAACAAGGAGGGCCAGGCGGAGUUGAAGGCGAAAGGCGAUGCAGGCGGCUCGGGUAUCGACAUCGUCAAUGGAACUGUGCCAACUCCUAUCGGCGACAUUUCGCGGCGGCAGUGGUCUCUUCCUUCAAUAACUCUGAUGUUGAUGUUGCACUUGCCCUGGCAGAGAAAUGGUGUCGCGCAGCUUCUGUCGCGUCCGAGCUCACUCACGAAUGUUUUGAGGUCCUUCAGCACCACCAGAAUCACGACGAAUACAACUGCUAGUCAGCCGGGUGUCGAAGAACCUUCCAAACCAAAACCGAAGGCGACUACCCCCCUUCGUCGGUCGGCGUCGGCCUCACUGGCCAUCAGAUCGAACCCGACACCGACGCGAGGAGACAUACAACCUGUCUUUACACUUGCAACGGCCGAACGGUUCCUUUUCAGUAGGCUAUGUACCUCCCCUGCUCUGCCAUCAUCUGCUCGGAUUCUCAAAGAGUCUCUGUACAUUCCUUCUUGGCCAACAACCCAUCAAAACUCGGCAUCCAAAGGCGAAAUUUUCAUCUUUUCGAAUGGAUCGUUUGUGUGCUGGGGUUUAGGUGAAGCCGAAGCACGUCGUUUCGCCAGUGAGGUGAUCGAAAAGUCUACCGGAGCACAGAUCGCUCCGUUGAGGGACCACGAGACGGAGGAAUUGGAGUUUGUGACUGAUCCGUCAGAAGACACCCGGCUGCAAGGUGACCUCAUUAUCCUCGGGCGUACUCCACCAUCGAACACCGAAAUUGAGGAUUCAUCAUCGUCUGCUGGUCUGGACACGAACUCGGCUUCACUCGCUCCUUCCACCCUGCUGGCCCGCUACGCGUUCUCGCAGGCCUUGUCGCGAUCCACGGCUCUAUCCGCCCUCGAGGUUUCGUUAGAUGACUAUUUGUCGUCAAUGGCUCUGCUCCCCUUGUCUCUAGAACAGACCGGUAAACCUGGAAUGGGGAGAAAGGCUCUGAUAAAAAAGCUAGGCCAGCUCAUGAAGUUCAGGCAAGGCAUUAACUUGAACAGGGAAAAUUACUUGGAGACUCCGGAUUUCUAUUGGGCUGAACCUGUGCUCGAAGGAUAUUUUAAUUCUAUGAGCGAUGCCCUGGAGAUCAAGGCAAGGACUACAUCGGUGAACGACAAAAUUACAUAUGCCACUGAAGCUCAAUCAGUCCUUCGGCAACUGCUGACUGAGUCUUCGUCACACCGUAUGGAGCUCAUCAUCAUCGCCCUGAUUGCUGUGGAGGUAGUGGUGGCACUCAUACGCGAUGGUCCGGAACUCUGGGAGAUGACCUUUGGUCACAAGAAUCCCGAGGAAUCGACGAGGACCAGUGAUGCUCUCCUCGAAUAG